GUGUUUUUAGUUUUAGGUCUUGCACAUAUAGUUAGUGUGCAUCACUAGAAAGAUAAAGUGUUUUUUUGAAGCGGUCACUAAAAUAGCGACGAACCGAAUAGUGGCUGAUUGCAUGCUAAGCUAGCUAACCUCACGUUUCCUCGCUAUAGUGGAAACCUCAGUUAAUUAAACAUAAUAACGCAUUACUUAACGUUUGGUGCUCUUUUCCAAGUAAGCUAUUUGUUAUGCAAUAUUCACCCUUCGAUUAAAUUAUCACCUCAAGUAUUUGUAGUAACUGUACAAUCAAGUUGUCCUGUGACCAAAGGCAGCACUGAUGGCGGAGUGGAAUGCCUACUAUCGGAAUGAGGAGGGGGAGGAGGAGCAGGAGGAAGGGGAGCAAUCUGGAGGAGAUUACAGAGUCUCUGGAAGAAACAGUUUGGUGUUCUUGGUAGAUGCCUCCAAGGAAAUGUUCAUCAAAGGGGAAGACGGACAACCCUCUAACUUUGACAUGACCAUGCAGGUUGUGCGCACUGUGUACACUAGCAAGAUCAUCAGCAAUCACAGGGAUCUGUCGGCUCUGGUUUUCUACGGCACGGAGCAGAGCAAAAACCCCAGGAACUCAUUUAAACACGUCUACGUGUACCAUGACCUCGAUGAACCUGGUGCAAAGCGAGUCCAGGACGUUGAUGCUCUGCGGGGGGAAAAAGGUGCCCAGCUGGCUGAAAAGACCAUGGGCAGUGGGGAGACGUCAUUAGGCGACGCCCUGUGGUGCUGCGCCAACCUCUUCAGUGACAUAAAGCUUCGCCUUGCACAGAAGCAGCUCAUGAUUUUCACCUGCAGGGAUGAUCCACACGGGGGCGACAGUGCAAAGGACCGUCAGGCUCGCACCAAGGCCAGUGAUCUCAAGGAGACAGGCGUCAUUAUUGAUUUAAUGCAUCUGAUGAAACCAGGAGGCUUUGAUGUUUCACUCUACUUUCGUGACAUCGUAACUCCACCAGAAGAUGACAGUGAGUUGGGGCUACAGAUGGAUCCUUGUGACAAACUGGAUGACCUCCAGAAACGGGUCCGGGCCAAAGAACAGAAGAAGAGAGCCAUGGCCAGGUUAAAUCUGUGUCUUGGUGAAGGCUUAAAUGUUGCUGUGGGAAUUUAUGCAACUGCCGUGGCAGCUCGGAAACCAGCUCCAGUCAAACUUUACAGGGAAACAAAUGAACAAGUUCACAGCAAAACGCGCACCUUCCACACCCAGACUGGCAGCCUGCUGCUGCCCAGUGAGAUAAAGAAAGCCCAGGUAUAUGGAAAGAAACAGAUCGUGAUGGAAAGGGAUGAAGUGGACGCCAUCAAAAAGUUUGAUGACCCUGGACUAUUUCUGAUUGGUUUCAAACCGAUGGAGAAGCUGAAAAUCCACCACCACAUCCGCCCUGCCGUCUUUCUCUAUCCUGAAGAGAAUGAGGUGAAAGGUAGUGCAUGUCUGUUCUCUGCCUUGCUGAAGAAGUGUAGCGAGAGGAACGUGUUCGCCCUGUGCCGUUGCAUCUCCCGACGAAACUACCCCCCUCGUUUUGUUGCCUUGCUUCCUCAAAAUGAAGAGCUCAGUGAGGGGAAACUGCAGAUCACACCACCAGGUUUCAAUGUAAUCUACCUUCCGUACGCUGACGACCUGCGGACUCUGGAUCCUCCCCGCCACCCGUCUGCUUCACCAACACAGGUUGACAAGAUGAAGCAGAUCGUUGCAAAGCUCCGCUUCAAAUAUAGGAGCGAUGCUUUUGAGAACCCAGUCAUCCAGCAGCAUUACAGGAACCUGGAGGCCUUGGCUUUGGAUAUGACAGCUCCAGAAGAAAUGGAGGACCUUAUCCAGCCAAAGGUUGAACAGAUUGAUCAACGUCUGGGUCCACUAGUCGACGAGUUUAAAGAUCUAGUCUAUCCUGCCAACUACAAUCCAGAGAGCAAAUCAGCUCCCAAACGCAAAACAGCUGAAAGUGGAGGUGGAGCCGAGAAGAAACCGAAAGUGGAGCUGACGGAAGAUGACCUGAAGGCCCACGUGCAGAACGGCACUCUGGGAAAGCUGACCGUGCCCGUGCUGAAGGAAGCUUGUAAGCAGUUUGGAGUUCGGACGACUGGGACCAAGAAGCAGGAGCUGAUAGAUGCUCUGACAGCCCGACUGGGCCCAUGAAGACUCCGUAUCAGACUCAACUCUGCUGCCACUUGAAGCAAGUCUUGGUACAUUUUAUAAGCUGUUAAAAAGCUGCAACAGUCUGUGGCCUUUAAUUUUCUGGUGGACCAGACACUGUGGCCAGUGUGCGACAAAAAAGGAUUAGUGUUGGGCUUGAGAUGUUCACAGAAGGCCAGAGCUAACAUCAGACGUCCGUUUGUCAGUCCCCACAUUUAUAUGAUGAUUUAAAUGUAAAAAAUCUGUAUACUGUAGUUUUCUUGUGAGGAAUAACUCUCAUGUAGCUGAUGGUGGCUUACAGCAUUGAACCCAGUCUGAAUGUGUAGGAAUAUACUGUAUGUUAAACACUGUUUGUAGAAAAAACUCUUUGACAAUGUUGCGUUUGGAUGAAUAAAUCUUUUUAUAGUGCUGCACCAAA